UUGUGUAAGUCGACAGCUGUCCUUGCUCCGGCUGAUGAACAGUUUUGAAGCAGGACUUCCUCCUUGUGUUGUCCGGCUUUGGGCCAUGGCGGAGGGGACACCGAGGACACCACGGGGGCUCGAACCCGGGGACUCAGACGAGAACGGAGCCGCGUUGACGGCAGCGGGAGCACUGCGCUGCGGCUGAGAGAUAACGGCGGCCGCUUCUAAAGUUUUCAGCAGAGAUUCCGCUCCGGCACCAUGUCCGGAUUAACUUUCCGCUAAGCGGCAGCAGCGCGGAGUUUGUUCUGCUCGUGAGUUUUGCCUCUCGGCGCUUUUACGUUCCUGAGUCCGUCUGUGGAGGUCAGCAUGGGGGCGAAGCCCAGCAGUCCGAGCGCCAACCCGGCUGCUAACGGACGGACCAGAGCCUACUCCGGUUCCGACCUGCCGUCCGGCACGGCCAGAAGCACCGCGGCCAGCGGCAGCAGGACCGCCGCGGGGCCCGGGCGCUACCCCGGAUCCCCGACCGCGAGUAGCCAGCACUUCGGAGCCAGGUCCAGGUCUGUAGGUGGAUCCGGAGGCUCCGGGACCAGGUCCCAGUCUGGAAUUAAUAUCACGGGCAACAGCGGAGCCUACAGUUCCCAAGAGUCCGGCGGCAGCAGCCCAGAGGAGGCGGCGGACCGGCAUCGAUCCAGCGGAGGUCACGACGCUCCCCGUCUGGUGAUUGGUUCGUUACCGGCACACCUCUCCCCGCAUCUGUUUGGAGGCGUCAAGUGCCCUGUGUGCUCCAAGUUCAUAAAUUCAGAUGAGAUGGAUCUUCACUUGGUCUUGUGUUUAACCAAGCCCAGAGUGACGUAUAACGAGGAUGUCCUGACAAAGGAUGCAGGAGAAUGUGCAAUCUGCCUGGAGGAGCUGCAGCAGGGAGACACCAUCGCUCGGCUGCCCUGCCUCUGCAUCUACCACAAAGGCUGUAUCGAUGAGUGGUUUGAAGUCAAUAGAUCGUGUCCAGAGCACCCGUCAGACUGAAGCUUUUUGCACAAUUAUCCUCAGUGAAAGUGAUCUUCUACAAGUGGACUUGAGGAGGCUGCUGCACUCUCUGACCACUGUGAUAAAACCCACAACCACCCAUUAAUGUAGUACCGCAGUGUGCCAAAUCUCAUUGAAAGCAACUUCAGGGAUACAGACUUUUUUGUUGAGUUUUUGUUUUUUGUUGCACAUCUUCACUCAGUCUUAGACUGGAUGGACCAAUACAAAGACAGAUACAGGGAGGCCGACCCUCCUGACAUUCACACCAACAUGGGGCAUUAUGGCAGUUAGGGCUCCGUCCUUCCUGAGCGGCCAUUGGAAUGUCAUAUAAUUGUAAACCAGAACACUGGAGGAGGUGGGCGUGGUCCCAGAGAUGGAGGCAGAGUCGUAACUUAUCCCUCCAUUGUACCAAUGUCUACCAGUGCCUUCUAGCUGUGAUCUCCACCUCCAGCAGGGCGAUAUGGUCAACAGAACUAGCUGGGCGGACCUGCUGGGUUUUCUCUCAAUUCAACACCACAAUAGCAGGACAACAGAGCCAAAGACAUUUCAUGAGAGCAGAUCAGAGUGUCUGCUUUUUUCAUGCUGUUGAUAUAAUGGUGCCAAUCAACUGUGAAUACUCACUCACUCACUCACACACAUACACAUGUACGCAUGCAUGCACACACAGACAGUGCUUUUCAACACUGGACUCAAGGUCGUCUUCAGAAAUCUAACUAUAAUUUUAAAAGAGACUCCUUGACGAAUCACUCCACAACUAGAGCUGCAAAUUAUUUUAAUUAUCAAAAGAAUUGGUCAGUGAUUUUUUUAACAAUUAGUCCAUCAGUUUUUAAAAUGUAACAAAAAUGUCCAGAUGAAAAAUUACCAUAUUGGCCUGACGAUAAGACAACCCUGAUUAUUGACAGCAACAUUUUCCAGGACAAGUUUUUGAAGGGAAAAAAAAACUUUCUAGAGAAUAAAUGUAAUUAUUGAUCUUUUUUAUUUGAAAAUAAUUCAAAUUAAAGCAUAUUGAGUGAAGCGUGAAAACAGGACAUAAAUAGAGUCAUAAAGCAGUAACAUAAACAUAAAGCAGUGGUAAAGAAAAAAGUGAUAGAAUAAAAAUAACUCAAACUGCUCAGAUCAUCAUAUCAUGUUAGUAAAUUCUCCAAAGGCAGAACUUUCUGCGCUUGCUGACCACUUACUGAAUGAUGCAAGUCGACUGGCACAAUCAGGAAUGUAUUGCAGAGACUUUUAGAAUAGUUAAAUGCCUGAAACUGAAAUGCCCAAACUGUUUUAAUGAUCAGAAAUGACCAAAAUGAGGAUUUGUUUUAUAACAAGCAUGAAGCACCAGUCCCUGUUGUGGAGUCUGAUCCAAAUGGGAAAUAAGCUGAAGUAAGAACUGCAUGAUGUGGUGUACUGUUCUCUUCCCUGAUACAGUUUGAGCAGCUAAAAGAGCAUAACGUGGGUUCACUGGUCAAAUAAAAUUGCAGGGUUUCAAACAGAAGCUGCUGCAGGAGUUGUGCACAUUAAAACAGCCAUAUAUUAGUCCUGAAGGGCACAUUAAUUUCAGGGAUAUUUGGCUCUACCUAUUCUUGUGCAUAUUUAUAUGCCAAGGAAAAAGUCUAAUCCACGAAUAUGACAGCCCCAUUUGUUUUCAGAUUUGUUUGCAAUCCUGAACACUCUUGGGUGAUUCUAUUGUAACGGAAUUAUGACGAUGUGCUCUGAUUGUAAUUCUGUUACCAUAGAAUCGCCCUCUUAUAUUUGGGCCAGUGAGUUGUUUUUUUGGGGGGGGAAUCAUUCAAAGUCACUUUUUCUCAAAUGUGGCCAUUUUAAUUCCAAUUUGAACCAUAUGUCAGUUAGUCCAGAACAACAACAUUAAAGCCAAUUUAAUACAUUUCACUGUUGGUUUUAAAGUUUCUUAAAGCAAACAAAAAAUACAAUAUCUGGCCCUCAUUUCUCCAAACCAUCUGAGGACUCCAAUGAUGGCCAUCACAUUACUGUAAAUCUGAUAUAGGCCCUGAGGCCUGUUGGUGCCGGUGCUUAUUGCCAGAUACUGUAGCGUAAAGCUGCUGAGAGGCUAUGACUCCCCCUGAUAUGACGCCAAUCCAAUGCAGGUUGCUUCCUCAGCCAAGGUCGGUACCCAUUUACAGAUGAAUGGAUUGGGGCAAUGCAGACAAGCAUUUUUUUCCCCAAGGACACACAGAUAACUUCUUUGGGAAUCAAAUCCAGGUGUACAUAUUAGUAGAAAACCAACUGCAUCUCUCGGUUGAACUCCAUUUCAAAUUUAAAAUGCUUUUGGGAAACUGGAUCCUGGUAUAAAUACCAAGUUGAGAUAGUCGAUUGACCUGCAACAGAUACAAAAGAAGUUAAAAAAUUAAUCUUAAAAGUAAUUCCUCUCCAUUAUUCAACAAAAAAUAAAAGAACUAUUCAAGCAGAUUCGGCUCACCAACAAAAUAUGUUUGAUAUUUUCUUGUUCAAAAGACAAUCUACCAACAAAACUUUAAUAAAAUCUGUCCACUUUUUGACAUAUGAGAUGACAGAAUAACUUCUGUCUUUCCUUUGAUGGUUCCAUACAAUCAAAACAAGUGCUUGUUGAUUCACGGACUGUAAAAAAUAACGGUGAACGCUGUCUAGACUUAAUGAAAAAGAAACUGCAGCCCAAUCCGGUACAGUCACAUCUAUUUUGAAGUUGAAUGUAUCAUCUGUGUCUGACUGUAGAUCAUGUAUCAAAUCAUGUGACAGGGACACAUACAACAUAUUUACACAGUCUUCUUUGUAUAAUAUGAAUAAAUAACUGAUUUUCCA